GCCCAAUCCAGAAGAGUCUAUGCACUAUUCAGAAAGUUCAGCAAGUACAUCUGUAACUCCUGAAAGAAGGAAACGGCUGCAUUACUUGGGAGAUUUUAAUGAUGAGGAUGUUACAUCUCCAAGUAAAGCAAAAAAAGUUCUUGAAAUAGCUCAGCAGCAAAAUAUCAGCAUGAAAAGAAAAAUUAAAUUGUUAGAUAAACAGAACAAAAGACUGAAGAAGCGUGUGGCCUCUUUAGACGAGCUGCUGACUGAGUUAAAAACUCAGAAUUUAAUAUCUGAUUCAGCGUCAACAAUUUUAGGGUUGUCUGGAGCUGCAGGGGACUUCAUAGAAAGACUUGAAUGUAGUAAUUCAAGAGCUGAAUAUUCAGAAGACCUCCGAACAUUUGCCAUGACUUUAAAUUUUUAUUCGGCAAAAGCAUAUAAUUAUGUCAGACAAAUGUUCAACAAAGUAAAAUAUUUUCUUUAAUAUUUUACUUUCAUAUAUUUAAGUAAACAUAAUUUUAAUUAAUUAAUUCAGUAUAAUUUAUCUUUUUGUAUCAUAAACUAUAUUAAGUUUGGACAGUAAUAGUUUAUAGUUCCAGCUGAAAGUCAACAGUCUGUAAGUAUAUAUUUCAUCAAUGGCAUAAAUACAUGUAAUACAAUGUGAUUUUCUUUGUCUCUUUAGGAUGCAAUGCAUUAA